AUGGCCUCGACAACCCAGUCCAUUCUUCGCCAGGGUCUCACCUCCCCCGCCCGCGCGUUCAUCCAGAAGCCACAGACGACGCGCUCGAUCCUCAAGCGCCCGACUGCCCUGCCCUUGUCGCCCAGCGGCGCCUCUGCGGCCUUCUCCGUCCUCCUCUCCCCCACCGGCGGCCUCAAGUCGCCCCACGUCCACUUCCCACCCUCCCCCUCCAAGCUCGCGGCCACCUUCGUCACCCACUCCCCGGGAUCCUACGACCGCGCCCCCAUCGCAGUCUCGCCGAACCCGCUCGCGCUGCCCUCAUGGGGCGACCGCAUCUACUCUCCCUCCAUCGAGGGCUUCCGCCUCUCCGCGCCCCCGCGGCCCUUCCGCUCCCUCUCCUUCGCGUACCAGGCGUCCCCGGUCAUCACGGACUUUGAGGACCCGCGAUCGCCGAAAGCACAGCCCGCCGCGGACGUCACGCACGACCGCGUCGCCAACGCCGUCCGCUUCGAGCAGCUCACCGAGCUCACGGGCCCCGCGAGGCCGAGCCGCGACCUCCGCGACUCGCUCGCGUCGUACCCCCGCUCGCCGUACCCGUCCGCGCCCAUCGAGUAUACCGAGCAGGAUGUUAGUGUAACAGUACCGGAACCAGCGGUGGUGGAGACGCGGGGAAGGCAGCUGCAUCGCAACGACGUGCUGCCGUCCCCCUCGGCCCGUGUCCGCGCGCGCGCCCAGUCGAUGGAGGUGCGCAACAAGAAGGGCCUGAGCCUCAGCGGCCCUACGAACCACGCGUCGCUCAACUUCAAGCCUAUGCCCUCGCCCCUCGCCCAAUUCACCACCUCGUCCACCACCCCGGCGCCCCUGCACACCUCCUCGCUCAACCGCGCACACAAGCCCGCCCCGCUCGCGCUCAACGCGUCGCCCAGCUCCUCCGACGGGGGCCUCGCACAGGCCUUCUGGCAGAGCGUCUCCCUCGACGCCUCGACCUCCGGCUCUGCCUCUCUGUCCGCCGCCGACGAGCCGAUGGUGACGGCCCUCGAGUACCCCGAGUCCGCGACGGACUACGACGAGAUGCUCGACCUCGAGCUGCGGAGCGCCGCCCAGCCGCCACUCAUGUUCGCAGGCGCGGACGGCGUCGUCGGUGCUGUUUCCUCUCCCGCUGUCUUCUCCCCUGCUCCGUUCUCUCCGAGCGUAGUGUUCUCCCCCGGCCUGCCCAAACCCCGCGCAGCGCUCGACCGUUUACACCAGUCCCUCUCCUCCCUUUCCGCCCUCGCCUCGCCAAGCGUGAAACGCACCUCGUUCGCCCCCCUGGUCAGGAGGGAGAUCACCGCGCCCUCGCCCAACGACCCCUUCGCGGCGUUCCCCUCGUUCGGCGCUGCCAUCGAGAUGGGCGUCGCGGAGGGUAGGAUCCAGUACCCGCCGCGUGUGGUGCUUGAGCGUGCGUGA